AAUAGGCUGUUGAUAAUCUAACUUAUAAAGGAUGAAGGGGUAGGUAGUCACAACGAAGGCAUCGAGCGCACGGUACCAUGCGAGGGAAAAAAGCCCACCGCACCGCGCCGCGCGUGGGGGUGCAGCGCACCACGCGAGCGAAAAAACCACCGCACCACGCUCGUCGCGUGAUAAAAGGUGAGCGGGCAGCAGACCUAGCCCACCCCGCGACCCUCGUUCCUCAUGCGCCGCCGCCGCCGCCCCCCGUCCGCGAUGGAGAAAGUGAGAGGAAAGAGGAGAGGGAGGUGAGGCAGCAGACAGGAGAGGGUCAACGGCUGCUGUCGGCCUGCGCCGGCGAGGUCGGGCGCGACCUGGCGGUUGGUGGCGGCUCGAUCCGCUCCUGGAUCGGGAGAGGAGGAAGGGAGGUGGGGGGCCGGCCGUCUCUGUGCCUCCUCGACGCCGAGCUGCGGCUGCUCCGUGUGUGCGCGCUCCCUCUCUCUCUCAGGGGCGAGAAGGCGGAGGCAGGAGCGGCUGCUUCGGGCCUCGAUCUGGGGAGGGUACGAGGCAGGGAAGGACGCCGUCCCUUUCAUUCUCUCUCUGAUUCGUCCUCUUCCCUCUUUCCAUCCCUCCUGCUCGCCAGCGGUUCCUCCUCCCCUGCCUCCUCACGUCGCCCUCAAGUCCGAGUCAACGAGUUUGCUUCCUCUGCUCCGUUCAUGUCAUUGAGCAACCGAGCCCAAUCAACAAUUGGUAGAAGUAGUUAUGAGAUGAGGCAGAGGAGAGCAGAGAGGACCGGAGAAGGAGUUGCGGACCUCGCCAACAAGGCCGUUGGUCUCUCCGGUUCUUUUCGCCAAUGGCUUGAUGUACGCACUGGCAACCUCUUACUGGAAGGAUUCGGCAUGCCUCUGUUCGAGAGAUGGGAUAUGAAGAAAUGGCGUUCUGGUUGUUGUAUGCAGAGUUUAUGA